AUGCUGGAGACGUAUAUGAACCUCAAUGUGAUAGGCUACAAAUGGGAAGAUAAUGAUAUCGAAGAACAUUGUCAAAGUCCUCAAAGGCAUGGAAGGCAUGAAAGACGUCCCAACAGAGAGAUACCUUCUGCAUAUAUGCAAUGUUAUAAGUGCUCUGUAUAUGACAAUCAGCUUCCAAGUCAAGAUACAACACAGACUGGAGCACUCCACGAAUGUUAUCAAUAUGGUAAAACCUUCCUAUACCAUAUUCAUCUUCAAAUGCAUAAAAACACACAUACUAAAGAGAAAAGGCAUGAAUGUAAUGAGUGUGAAAAUGCCUUUAUUCAUUCCAGGACCCACCAAAUACAUAAAAGAACACAUAGUGGAAAGAAACCGUAUGAAUGUAAUCAAUGUAGUAAAGUCUUAAAAUAUCACUGGAAUCUUCUAAGGCAUAAAAGAACACGUACUGGAGAGAAACCCUAUGAAUGCAAUGAGUGUGGUAAAGCCUUUGCUCGGCAAAGUGAUCUUCAAAGGCAUAAAAGAAUACAUACUGAAGAGAAACCCUAUGAAUGUCCUCAGUGUGGUAAAGCCUUUGCUCGGCAAAGUGAUCUUCAAAGGCAUAAAAGAACACAUACUGGAGAGAAACCCUAUGAAUGUCCUCAGUGUGGUAAAGCCUUUGCUUGGCAAAAACAUCUUCAAAGUCAUAAAAGAACACAUACUGGAGAGAAACCCUAUGAAUGCAAUGAGUGUGGUAAAGCCUUUGCUUGGCAAAGUGAUCUUCAAAGGCAUAAAAGAACACAUACUGGAGAGAAACCCUAUGAAUGCAAUCAGUGUGGUAAAGCUUUUGCUCACGACAGUGCUCUUAAAGUGCAUAAAAGAACACAUACUGGAGAGAAACCCUAUGAAUGCAUUGAGUGUGGUAAAGCAUUUGCUUGCCAAAGUCAUCUUCAAAGGCAUAAAAGAACACAUACUGGAGAGAAACCCUAUGAAUGCAAUCAGUGUGGUAAAGCCUUUGCUCAUGACAGUGCUAUUCAAGUGCAUAAAAGAACACAUACUGGAGAGAAACCCUAUGAAUGUCCUCAGUGUGGUAAAGCCUUUGCUCAUGAUAGUGCUAUUCAAGUGCAUAAAAGAACACAUACUGGAGAGAAACCCUAUGAAUGUCAUCAGUAUAGUAAAGCCUUUGCUCAGCAUGGUAAUCUUCAAGUGCAUAAAAGAGCACAUACUGGAGUGAAACCCUAUUAAUGAAAUAAUUGUGGUAAAGCCUUCACAUGUUACAAUAAUCUUAAAAUGCAUAAAACCACUCAUA